UGGGCGCGGUGAUGCAGGUGUGAUACCGGCCGGCUCCUGCUUCCGCGGGGCUGCCGGGGCGGACGCUGCUCCUCCUGCGCAGUAGGCGGCCGCCCGCGGAUUUCCCACCCAGGGCAUGACCUUCAGUAGCAGAAAAACUCAGGCCAGCAAUCAAGCUGCCCAGUCCUGCUCGCACCUUGUCAAAGAAAACAGCUGGACCCAUUUCUAAUCAACACCUCCUGACACAAUACCUCUUGGUCACCAGAGGAGACCAGACUGGAGUUUGAAACUCUCUAAAGACUUCCAAUAGAUACUGAAUGCAAAAGGAUAUUUAGGUGGCCUUUGCAAAAAUCUAGUCUGUUUGAGAGACACCUAAGAAUUCACAUGAACGUAUUCCAUAUUUAAGCUUCUGCACAUAUCAUGGAUGAUGGUUAUCGAAAGAGCCCAAACCUCUACCACGGUGCGAGGGAUAUAGCUCGAGAGGUGACCAGACAGUCCCGGAACCAAGGAAUGGAUGACUACAAGUAUCAGGACAACUAUGGGGUCUACGCCCCCAGUGAUGGCUAUUACCGUGGCAAUGAGUCCAACCCAGAGGAGGAUGCACAGAGUGACGUCACAGAAGGCCACGAUGAGGAAGACGAGAUCUAUGAGGGCGAGUACCAGGGCAUCCCUCACCCAGACGAUGUCAAGACCAAGCAGACCAAAAUGGCGCCCUCCAGGGCAGACGGUCUCCGGGGCCAGGCGGACCUAAUGGCUGAGAGGAUGGAGGACGAGGAGCAGUUGGCCCACCAGUAUGAGACCAUCAUUGAUGAGUGUGGCCACGGGCGCUUCCAGUGGACUCUCUUUUUUGUCUUGGGCUUGGCCCUGAUGGCCGAUGGGGUGGAGGUGUUUGUGGUGGCCUUCGCCCUGCCCAGCGCAGAGAAGGACAUGUGUCUGUCCAGUUCCAAGAAAGGAAUGCUGGGGCUGAUUGUCUACCUGGGGAUGAUGGCAGGGGCCUUCAACCUGGGGGGCCUUGCUGACAAGCUGGGGAGGAAGCGAGUGCUCGGCAUGUCUCUGGCCAUCAAUGCCUCCUUCGCGUCCCUCUCCUCCUUCGUGCAGGGAUAUGGAGCCUUCCUCUUCUGCCGACUCAUCUCUGGCAUAGGUAUCGGGGGUGCGCUGCCAAUUGUCUUUGCCUAUUUUUCUGAAUUCUUGUCUCGGGAGAAGCGAGGAGAGCAUCUCAGUUGGCUGGGCAUCUUCUGGAUGGCUGGAGGCCUCUAUGCAUCUGUGAUGGCCUGGAGCAUUAUUCCACACUAUGGCUGGGGCUUCAGCAUGGGGACCAAUUACCACUUCCACAGCUGGAGAGUGUUUGUCAUCGUCUGCGCUCUGCCCUGCACCGUGUCCAUGGUGGCCCUGAAGUUCAUGCCAGAGAGCCCCAGGUUUCUGCUGGAGAUGGGCAAGCACGAUGAAGCCUGGAUGAUUCUCAAGCAGGUGCAUGACACCAACAUGAGGGCUAAGGGGUCCCCGGAAAAGGUGUUCACGGUUUCCAACAUCAAAACUCCCAAGCAAAUGGAUGAAUUCAUUGAGAUCCAGAGUUCAACAGGAACUUGGUACCAGCGCUGGCUGGUCAGAUUCAAGACCACCUUCAAGCAGGUCUGGGAUAAUGCGCUGUACUGUGUGAUGGGCCCCUACAGGAUGAACACACUGAUUCUGGCUGUGGUCUGGUUCACCAUGGCUUUAAGUUACUAUGGACUGACAGUUUGGUUCCCUGAUAUGAUUCGGUAUUUUCAAGAUGAAGAAUACAAGUCUAAAAUGAAGGUAUUUUUCGGUGAGCAUGUGUAUGGUGCUACAAUCAACUUCACCAUGGAAAAUCAGCUUCACCAACAUGGGAAACUUGUGAAUGAUAAGUUCACGAAGAUGUACUUUAAACAUGUACUCUUUGAGGACACAUUCUUUGAUGAGUGCUAUUUUGAAGAUGUGACAUCUACUGAUACCUAUUUCAAAAAUUGCACCAUUGAAUCAACCAUCUUUUAUAACACAGACCUCUAUGAGCAUAAGUUCAUCAAUUGCCGGUUUAUCAACACCACCUUUCUGGAGCAGAAGGAGGGCUGCCACAUGGACUUUGAGCAAGACAAUGACUUCCUGAUUUACCUCGUCAGCUUCCUGGGCAGCCUUUCGGUCUUGCCUGGGAACAUCAUUUCUGCCCUGCUCAUGGAUAGAAUCGGAAGGCUCAAGAUGAUCGGUGGCUCCAUGUUAAUCUCAGCAGUCUGCUGCUUCUUCCUGUUUUUCGGCAACAGCGAGUCGGCGAUGAUCGGCUGGCAGUGCCUGUUCUGUGGGACCAGCAUCGCGGCCUGGAACGCGCUGGAUGUGAUCACCGUGGAGCUGUACCCCACCAACCAGAGGGCAACAGCCUUUGGCAUCCUCAAUGGAUUAUGCAAAUUUGGGGCCAUCCUGGGAAACACCAUCUUUGCUUCUUUUGUUGGGAUAACCAAAGUGGUCCCCAUCCUUCUGGCUGCUUCUUCUCUGGUGGGUGGUGGCCUGAUUGCCCUUCGACUGCCUGAGACUCGAGAACAGGUCCUGAUGUGAGCAACCCAUGGGGGAAGGAAAGGUCUGAAGAACCUGUCCAGGACACCUUAAAUGCACCCACACUUCCUGUCUAUUGCUGUCUAGAGGACACAUUGGAUAGCACAGAAGGAGAACUUGAUUUUGUGACUCCUAGCUUAGGACCCAUUUCCCUGUCAACAUGUUUGUAACUCAGGUGACUGAUUUGGGGAUGCCCUGAGCCACCCUUAGAAUCGUGGCGCUGUGUGGUUGGCUUUGGGUCUCCACAGCCCAAGAAGGCACUGGAAAGAAAAAUAACACUCUCUAAUGUGUGCACACACUAAGCAAGGUGUGUGCAUGUCCCCCAGUGAAGGACAAGGACCUCUUUGUAUUUCAAAAUGAUGUUGAAGGUGAGAAACAUGCAAGCUCCUCCACAGAGCUCCUCAGAGCCCAAUGACCUGACAAACUGACUUGACUGGAUGUUGGAUUCAUCAUGUGAACAUAGUGGUUGGAGUGUAGGAUACAUAUAUUUUUGCAUUUGAAAGUAUCAUCUAUCAUAGUUUCCCUUUGAAAAUCAGCACGUUAGCAUUGACGAUACUCUGAUAAAGAAAACCAAAUAUUUGAGCAAUCUCCAUAGAGGCCGACUUUCUCCUCCAAGUGACCUAAGCUUUCCAUGAUGAUUGGAUGGUAAAUUUUAGAAUGAUAUUUAUUCCUGUUUUGCUCUAUCAAAGAAACUUAAUGGGGUAGGUAUUCUGUGAACUAAAUUUGCAUACAACUAUAUUUUGGAUUUCAUUUCUAGAAAUGGUAACUGCAAACAUGUCCCAGCGUGUUAGCCAUAUUUUGGGAGGACUUGGUCUUUGAGGUCUCAGGAAACUCGGCGUCAUCAAAGGAAAUGCAAGCACAACUUCUUAUAGCCAUUUAAUUUGCUGUCGGGAGGAGACAUUUAGCAAACUCGUGUUGUACAGUUCAUUUAAUCCACUUUUUUCCUGUAGGUGGAGUAGUUAUUUUUCUCUCGUACACAGAUCACUUGUGAAACUCAAGUUCACUGUCUUCAAUACUGGCAUUUGACUUUGCUACAAAAACAAUACAAGCUGUGUGUGGUGGCCGUGAGUGCUCUCUUUGUUGGCGAGAACAAAACACUGUGGACAACGUGGGGGAUGGAGGGAGCGGGGGGAGGGGGUAAAGCACAGCCAGAGUUCUUCAAUAUGUAAAGUCUUUCUAUUUGUUCUAAAACACAAUCCACAUUUGUGAUAACUGGUCAGGUCCAAUGGGAAAGCUAUACUCGGUGUCCCAGGUUCCAGGCUUUUGCAAUAGAUGCCGUUGGCAGGGGAAGUAGGGAGUCCCAUGGAUGUCAAAUUUGUUUUCCUUCAGUGCUCCAAGAGAACUCUUUCCUGAGAACCCAGCUGGAAUAUGAACGGGUUUGGGGUGGGAUGGAGGGAAGAAUUAUCUAGGACAGACUGCCCUGGCAAGGGCCAGCAAUUGAUUGAAAUCUUGACUGCAUAGAACUGUCUUGCAAUGGGAGGGACAGUGGGGUAUGAGCUCCUGCCCCUGGAGGUGACCUUGCCGUGGACAGGUGAACCCUGGUCUGCAGUGACUAGUCCUCUGAGUUGAUUUGCAGUGCUCUCAAUGGCUGUAAAGUGCCAUAUCUUCCCUACCGGAAAUCUCCAGACAUUUCAAUUAGAAUGAUCAGGGCUGUGUCGAGUGUUUUCUCUGUUUUGGAGAAACACUUAGGUCCUGUGAUAGCUUCGACCACCUCUCUGUUUUUCUCUUGAGUAACAGGUUGGGGGGAAGAGUAAAUUUAUGAGAACUCUCCACUCUCAAUAUGAGAUCCGUUUUAAUGGUUGAAAUGUUUACUUUGCUUCCCUAGUCCCCCAUUGCUUCAUUCACCUUUUCUUUUGUUUCUGUUUUUUCUUGAACAGGGAAGAGAGACACAUAAACUCUGAUUUAUUGAUUUGAAACUCUGAUUCUUUCUGAUUUCCUAUAUAUAAAAAUAUGUUUAUAUAUCUAUAUGAAAUGCUGUGUAAUAAUAUCUCUCCCAGUGUUUUAUAGGAGUUACCUAACAUAAAUGCUGUGUUGAUAAUAAGAGGCCUGAUGUAAUAUAAUUGUAAUAUACUUGCCAUUUUCUUGUGAUAGGAUAUACAUUGACUAGCUUCAUAAAAGAGAAUUGUGUAAACCUAGGAUUACUGUAUCUCUUACAGCAUUAUUCUUCAGUGGGAUAAUACAAUCCAGUGAGUAACUAUGACUUAGACAAUUUGUAAGUCAGUUAGAGUUUGCAUUUCUAGUUAAGAUGGAUCUUGUAAAUCCAAAAUUUGAUGAAGUUUUGAGUGUUGGGAGUGGCUCCAAUAAUUUGGGGAUUAACCCCAUUUGGUUUCCAAGCUCUAACUUCUGCAUUAUCUUUAUGACUCCUUAAACCAACCAUCUAAAAAACCAAAGGCAAUUCCCAUCUCAUCCAUCAUACAGGCCCUUGUAAAGGAUGCAGUUGUCCUCUGCAGCCUUCCGCUGUGAAGGAUUAACUGGCAAUGGUGCCUGGCCACUGCUUAAACGCUAUUGCUCCUGCUGAGAUAAAUGCUUCUUUAAAAAUAGUCUCUGUGGCAGGUUCUCGGGCGGGGGGAAUGAUGUACCGCACUCCUGGCCGUCCAGUUCUUUUUCAUUUCAUGUUCCACCCUAAGAAACUCCUGAUGGCAUCCCUGGAGGGUUAAAGGGAUAAGGUUCUACUUUGUUGAGCAAAUCUGUUCACAGUUCAUGAUGUAUUUUAUGAUGCUCAGUUGGGGAGUAGUCGCUUUUAAUGGUCUCAACUGUAUUGUGUCAUCUCUGAUGCUGAAUUUUGAUCUUUUGUUUUAUUGAAAAUGAUCAGUGAAAGGAGUGUGCCUAUGUGUGACGUUUAUAGCACAUUAGCCUGAGAUCAUGUACAAAAUAACCCCAUUCCCAUGCUUCCUUGUACCUUGUGUUAGCUCAUUAAUAAUAAUAAUAAACAACCUUAAACAAACCUUUAAGAA